GCAUUUGCGAACGUGGAUGCGUUGACAGGUCCGCUCUUUUUGUUAUCACGUGGUCGGGCCAGUGCACGCUCGCCUCGCUCUUGCGCGACUCGUGUCUCGCUCAUCUCCUUAUAUAGCAAAAACGGUACGGCGUUAGAGAGAAAAGCAGCGCUUUAUUAUGAGCAAGGUUACUCAGGAGGCUUACGACGAGGAAGUCAGGGAGCUGAUGGAGGACCUGGGCAUGACCGAGGAGGAGGCGAUCCAGGACGCCAUCAAGGGCUAUGAAAUGAAGGGGAUGGAUCUGAGCAACAUCGUCACCGAUCUAGUUCUCGAGAAGAAAUACGAAAAGAUACUUACGUGUCUGGAGCGACUAUCGCGCGCCGUGAACGAUAAAAGUUACGAAUGUGCGCCCGAAAUGUUGCAAGAAUUGCGAACAGAAUUGGACAAAGACAUCAAAGACAGAGUAUUCGCGGGAAAACGCAAGUGUUAUAACAUCCUCAUGGAUAUCCUAAAAGGCUGUCGAAAAAACCAUGCGACAUUCAAAUCCGCUUUGGAAACCAUCACCUCGUUAAUGACCGAGCAUCCCGACUUGCUGGACGACGAUGGCAUCGCGUUGCAGAUCGAGAUCUUGGAGGGGCAUUACGACACUGCGACAUUGCAAUGCUUGCUGCGUUGGAUACGCGAAUGCUGCAUAAAGCACGAGCUGAACAGGCAAAGGAUCUUCGAGACCAAUAUCUUCGAGAAACUCAAGAAGAUUUUGGUGCGCGCGGACGUAGACGCAUACGAGGUCAAGGACGCGUGUUCGGUGAUCAGAGCGUUCGUCUUGGACGAUGAUAUCAGGCACGAGUACGGGAAAGCUCACGAGCACGCAACUAUCAUGGCGAAGGGUGCUCUCGACGUCCUCACGGGACUGUUAAAAAGAUUUAUGAAGGACGCGAGAGUCGUAGGCGACUUAAUGAUCACAUUAGCAGCACUGGUCGUCCGAAACGAAUUCUGCCAAGAGGUGGAGGAGGCUGGCGGAUUGAAAUUUGUUCAGGACAUAAUGACCGAUUAUCCGGACUCCGAGAAGUUGAACUGGCAGGCUCUGAAGCUGCUCAAGGCGCUCGCUGGCAACGACACCGUGAAAUCGCAUAUCGUGACUUCCGGAUGCGCGCCCCUAAUCGUAUCCGCUAUCAGCAGGAUGAAGAAAUCGGAGAACAUCGUGGCUGCAGGGCUGAGUUGCAUAUCCGCGUUGACUCUGCGCAGCUCCUCGAACGCCGGUGUGUUUUAUGACUGUGGCGCGGCUCAAGUGAUCGUGGACGCUAUGAAGGCUUAUCCCAACAGCGUGAACGUCCUGAAGCAAGCCUCCUGGGCGGUCAGGAACAUGUCGGUGCGAAACAAAUCCGAGUCCAAGGAGUUUCUAGCGUGCGGCGUCGAGGAGGUGUUGCGAAACGCUUUACGUCUGCACGGUUCGAAAUUGGAUGACAACGUGAAGGCCGCACUCAGAGAUUUGGGCCUGAAAGUAGACCUGAAGGAAAGAUGGAUGGGAAAAGGCGUCAGUCUGAGCAACGAGCGUUCUUAACGAUCACCAGACAGCGAUAUGUUAUAACAGCAGGAGCAUAAUGCGUUGACGUUUAGUUCGAGCCAAGCUCUUGCGCUUUGCUUUAUCUCGCCUCGCUACGCGACAUUUAAUAGGGUAAAAGCACCUAAUAUCGUAUAUUAAUAUUAAUUUUAAAUUGUAAAGUAGAGAAAUUAAUAUUUUGACAUCGCAUAACUCGCAUUCUCUUCGAAAUUUAGUUAAGAAACGAUACAUGCAGCUGUGGUACUGAUAUAUUAUACUGUAUUGCAGUAACAAUCGAAAAACUGAAAAAUCGCGAUCCUGAAAAAAUGGCACCUAAUAUCGUGUACUUCAUAAAAAGUGUAAAAUCUAGGAAUAAAAUCGUGGUAUGUCAGACAAAUUUAUACGUAAAGAUAUAUCGAGUCUCUUUAUGUGCAAAAGUGUAGCAAGAACUUAUUAAUUAACUUUAAAAACGAAUUUAAUUGCAUCGUUUGCCCUAUGAAGCAUGUAAUUUAAUUUAUGAAAUAUUGCCCUAUACGAUAUUAGACGUUACACAAUAUUGCCUUUACCCUAUGAGUCUCAGCUAACAUAAUUAAUAAGGUAACUCUGUGCGCUCGCAAUGCAGCAGAAACUUAAAACAUGAAUUUUAUAAUAUUUUGCCGAGUGCUGCAAUAUUUUUUUACUAGGAUAUCGGCACCUUAAUAUCGGAACACGCGAAAUAGAAAUCCCUAACCAUGUUGCGAUAUUGUUCGUUUUAUUUUUCACGACGAACUACGAACGCGUAUAUGAAAUAUUCGCGUGAACGAUUUAACGAUUCGCUUGAGAUAGAACCUGGAAUUUGUAAUAUGUGAUGUUUCCUCUGUACGGACACUGUAACGGACACUGCCGGAAACUGCAUUACCGAACAAUUACUUAAUAACUGUGAUUAAAUGUGAAACGCGCUGAAUUAUAUUCGUAUUAUACGUCGCAACUGCGGCUGCGACUUAAGACAAGUGCGACUAAUUUUCUGAUUUGUAUUAUAAUCGAGACUUUAAUAUAACGGUUGCGGGUAAUUGAUAAUUAAAGUUAGCGAACAAGCAUGCAAGUUUAGGUACAACUGAGUACCUGAUUGACGAACUGGAAAAAGACAUAGAGUAAUAUUCAAAUAAGCUAUCAUGAUAUUUAUAUGCGUAUAUAUGUAUGUCGAUUGUUUUUUUUAUAAAUUCUUUGUAUGCACACGCAGCGACGAAUUUUAUCUUACUGUAAUAGUUUCCUACGAAAAAUAAAAUAAACGCUGAAUUUACACCACA